AUGUCCAGAACGUAUUUUCUCUCUGAAUGUAAGGAGCCAUGCGGAGAAGUGUGCCUCUCGCCCUGUGCCAUGUCUACAUGCCAAGCGUGGCUGCCAGGAGGAGAUCAAUGCCCAACAUCGCUUGCGCCAUUCCGCCCGCUGCGUGUACCGCCCUGUGCCCUGUGUGCACCAGGUGCUUGGCUGUACGGAAUUGGUGAGCCACAAACACCUCUCCCAGCACGCAAUGAAUUGCAGAUGGCGUCCAGUAGAGUGCCCCUUUGGCUGUGGAGAAAAGCCAUCGUUGGCAGACAGCAAGAAGCAUGCGGCCGAGUGCAAGUUUCGCCCUGCCUUCUGCCGCUACAAAGCUCAGGGCUGUACACAGCAAAUGUCAUUGCAUUCGCUCUCCAGCCAUAUGGUGAACUGUGA